GGGGAUUUUUUAAUCGUGUUGUUUCAAAGUGAUAUGUUUGGAACAUGUAUCAAAGUGGUAUGUUUGGAACAUUUAUCAAAGUGGUAUGUUUGGAACAUUUAUCAAAGUGAUAUGUUUGGAACAUUUAUCAAAGUGGUAUGUUUGGAACAUUUAUCAAAGUGAUAUGUUUGGAACUUUUAUCAAAGUGAUAUGUUUGGAACAUUUAUCAAAGUGGUAUGUUUGGAACAUUUAUCAAAGUGAUAUGUUUGGAACAUUUAUGACAAGCUUGUGUAUCAGUACAGGCAAACUAUGACCUUGCUAAAUGUGACUCGUCUGGUCGUGGUGACCAUACUCUACGUGACCUUCUCGCAUGGGGCCGUAAAGGUCACGAGAAGCAAGUUCAAGGCCGCUGUGUACGGACAUGCAGUGAUUUUACCCGCUGACCCUAAGACCGUCGUAUCACGUGACCAAGCGGUUUCUAACAUGAAGAAGAACAUUCAGGUGUACAGAACUCAGGCAAAGAGAGCAGCGUCACAGGGUGCUGACAUCAUCGUGUUCCCAGAGGACGGCCUCUACGGCUUCACCUUCACCCGCGAGUCCAUCUACCCUUACCUGGAGCACAUCCCCGACCCUCGGGCCGAGUCCUGGUCCCCCUGCCACGCCCCUGACCGCCACCCCCAUACGGACAUCCUGAGGGCGCUCAGCUGCGUCGCCAUGGAAACCAAGCUGUACCUCGUGGCCAACAUGGGCGACAAGCAGCCUUGUGACGUCACAGCAGACCCCAGCUGUCCACCAGACGGACGGUUCCAGUACAACACGGACGUCGCGUUCGGACCAGACGGCACGCUGCUGGCGCGUUACCACAAGUUCCACCUGUUUUACGAGGCCCAGUUCGACACACCGGAAGCGGAAAUCGUUUAUUUCGACACGCCUUUCGGCCGGUUCGGGAUGAUGGUGUGCUUUGAUGUGCUGUUCUCUGAGCCCGGGGUGACGAUGGUGGUGAAGAACAACAUCUCCAACAUCGUCUUCCCCACCGCCUGGAUGGACGCCCUGCCCCUGCUCUCUGCCGUCGGGUUCCAUUCCUCCUUUGCCCGCGGGCUGGGCGUGAAUUUCCUCAGCGCCAACAUCCAUUUGCCAGACUACAGGUUUCACGGGAGCGGCGUCUACACGCCCCACGGGAUGAAAGUUUUCUACUACGGGGCGACGAACACGACCAAGCCCAAGCUCCUGCUGGCUGACGUUGAUGUCUUGGAGAUUCCCAAAUACAACAUCUCGGCGGUACCUGAUGAAAGUCUAAGCACAGUUCCUGGAACACGAGUAUCAGCGAAAGGUAAACACGACAGCGAGGAUACAAUGUCAAAUCUGCAAGACGAAGUUGACAAAAGAAGAUCACGUGAUGAGGUUAAGACAAGCAGACCAAAAAGCCAUGAUGAGUUUCGUUCUCUUUUGUUUUUCGACGAGUUUACGUUCCGGUCUUUAGACAAACCGUCCGGAAAACUUUCCGUUUGUCAAAACGAGAUUUGCUGUCAUCUCGAUUACGCCAUGGAUGAAAAUAAUUUCGGCCGUGAACUUUUCGCUUUUGGCGCGUUUGAUGGUCUGCAUACAUACGAGGGCCAGUACUACUUCCAGAUCUGCGCGCUGGUCAAGUGUGCUGACGUCAGCAACAAAUCUUCCUGCGGGGCUGUGACUAGCACGACAUCCACCAGUUUUCUCACCGUCCGCAUGUCUGCAGAUCUCCAGACGCCGUACGUCUACCCCCAGGUCGUCCUGUCAGACCCCCUGGGUGAGCUGCAGCUGGCGGAGGCUGCGAGCUGGAGCUUCAGCGGCCCCUCCCUCCACACCGGCCCCUCCCUCCACACCGGCCCCUCCCUCCAAACCGGCCCCUCCCUCCACACCGACCCCUCCCUCCACACCGGCCCCUCCCUCCAAACCGGCCCCUCCCUCCAAACCGGCCCCUCCCCCCACAGCGGCCCCUCCCUCCACACCGGCCCCUCCCUCCACACCGACCCCUCCCUCCACACCGGCCCCUCCCUCCAAACCGGCCCCUCCCUCCACACCGACCCCUCCCUCCACACCGGCCCCUCCCUCCAAACCGGCCCCUCCCUCCAAACCGGCCCCUCCCCCCACAGCGGCCCCUCCCUCCACACCGGCCCCUCCCUCCACAUCGGCCCCUCCCUCCAUACCGGCCCCUCCCUCCACAGCGGCCCACACUUCAACAACACGCUGCUCUCGGCUGCUCUAUUCGGGCGUGUCUACUCACGUGACAACGACAGCAGACGUGACCUUGACCUCCAACCAAAGGUGAAAAAAGUUGACGGUGGGAGCACCAACAACGGGGUGCUGAUGUACCCACAACAAAUCCUCGGCUACCUGUGUUCAAUUGUGUCCCUCAUUACUCGCGAACUUUGGCUUCUCUUCGCCUAA